UGAAUUUGAUUGGUUAGUCAGAGGUGUAAGAAUAAUGUUAGACCUUAUCUAUAUACAUGAUCAAGAAUCUUGUCGAUAACAACUGUAUAUAUAGAAAGAGAGAGCUCUUCAUAGAUGACAGUAAUAGAAUAUUUUAAAACUAGUUUAAUAUCGAGUUAGGUGGAAUAUCUUUUUCCUGCACUGUGGUGAUUUUGUAGUGUGAAGUAUUUUAUUUCGUGUUCUAUUUGUUCGUGUACGUAGUUCUUGAAAAAUAAUGCCUAAACGCCAACGAUGUCAAAGUUCUUCUUCUUCAGGAAGCAAUACAAACAUGAAAUAUGUUUUGGUAACCGGAGGUGUCAUCAGUGGCAUAGGCAAAGGUGUCAUUGCCAGUAGCAUUGGGAAAAUUCUGAAGUCUAAUGGCUAUGAAGUCACAGCAAUAAAGAUUGAUCCCUAUAUUAAUAUAGAUGCUGGAACAUUUUCACCCUAUGAGCAUGGAGAAGUGUUUGUAUUGGAUGAUGGAGGUGAAGUUGACCUUGAUUUGGGAAACUAUGAGCGUUUCAUGGACAUAAAUUUGUUCCGCGAUAAUAAUAUCACCACUGGCAAAAUAUAUCAAUCUGUAAUAAACAGAGAAAGAAAAGGAGAGUUCUUGGGGAAGACUGUUCAAGUUGUUCCACAUAUAACAGAUGCUAUCCAAGAAUGGGUGGAGAGAGUUGCUUUAAAACCAGUUUCCAGUGGUGGUAUACCAGAAAUUUGCAUUAUUGAGCUGGGUGGUACAAUUGGUGACAUUGAAGGGAUGCCUUUCGUAGAGGCUUUUCGUCAAUUCCAAUUCCGAGUUAAAAAAGAAAAUUUCUGCUGUGUUCAUGUUAGUUUAGUACCCCAG